AUAAUUGUCCACUUCAUCAAAUAUAAACACACUUCUCUGUUUUUUCCUCUUUUUUUUUUUUUAUGGUUUCACAAGAAAACAAAAAUAUAUAAAUUAUUUAUUUAUUUGGAUAUUGAAGAAGAGAAGCCGUUAGGUUUGUUUGGUUCCUAGGAAAACAGAAAAAAACAGAGUCGUCCGAAAGCGUAGGCAGAGCGAGUGAGAAAGGAAAAUUUGCCUCCGAAAAUUGAUGGGAUCACAAAAGUAGUAAACUGUAAAACUCCCAAAACAUUCAUCUCCCCUUUCUCUCUGGGAUUUAUUUUCAAUUAUUAUUAGCGAAAUUUAGAAUUUUUUUUUUGAAAAGAAUCUCUCUUUGGAGAGCUAGAGCUCGCUGUGUUAUUUCCUUCCGAAGCUCCCAUGGCGUUUCUUCAUCGGGUUUGCAGUUGAUGUCCUCCCCCUCCUCAGUGGAAGAAUAUCUGAUGAAACCUUGUCGUGUGGAAUCGGACAAUCUGAUUUCUGUGUUGGGAUUCUUUCAACAAUUGUGGUAAAACCUGUAGCAAUGAAUGAAAAUGGUGGCACCAAGUUGACCGGAAUCAGGCAGAUUGUCAAGUUCAAAGAAAUUCUGCAGAAGUGGCAAGCUGUCACCCUUGGCUCGAGGGCAAACAGCCCCCGAGCCAAAAGUAGUCCCCAUUCUGAAAAAAGAGGAGGGGAGAGCACCACUCCCCGUUCUGAACGAGGCCAUGGGGGCAUUUCACCGGCAAUUAGCAAGAGGCUAACAAAUGUUCUUUGUGAUUCCGACGAGGAUAUAUGCCACAGUCCCGAACCGCCACCUGAUGUCCCCCAAGGGUAUUUGGCGGUUUAUGUUGGACCGGAGCUUCGGAGGUUCAUCAUUCCCACUAGCUACCUCAGUCACUCCCUUUUUAAAGUAUUGCUGGAGAAGGCUGAGGAGGAAUAUGGGUUUGAUCAUGGCGGCGGGCUCACAAUCCCAUGUGAGACUGAGACCUUCAAGUACCUCUUGAAGUGCAUGGAGAACCAUCAGAAAGCUCACCCUGAUGACAUCCCAGCUGGAGACUGGAAACUCAUUCAAUGAAGAGUAAGUGAUCGUGAUGAAGCUUUUUAUUAGUGGUCCAGGUUUUUAGGGGUGUGAUUUUCUGGUGUAAAGCAGGGUCUCUCCUUGUAUUCAGACAUCUUUUUAAUUUUUCUCUUUUUAUUUUUUAUUUUUAAUUAAAGAACGAUUAGAGAAACUUUAGUUAGAUAUUUUUAAAGGUGUGGUGCCUACAAUUUGGUGCUUAGAGUGGUGGUAUUGUUAACCUCUCUAUUUUCUC